AAGGUCAUGUUCCAUUUCAGCUUGAGACACAGGACUGACUCACUCUCCUGGUGUUUCUGAAGGAGAAAAAUCUCUGAUCUAUUCUAACUCUUUCUGUUCUUAGGGAAGAACACAUUUUGUGUGGUGCUCUUUUAGCCGCUUACCUGCUUUGAGUUUCUACAGUGACCAGGAGUGAAGGGAAAAUAUUAGAUCAUGUCAGAGUUCUGGCUGAUUUCUGCCCCAGGAGACAAAACAAAUCUGCAGGCAUGGGAGAGAAUGAACACUGUGACAUCUAAAUCCAACCUGUCCAGCAACAGCAAAUUCCAUAUUCCAGACUUAAAGGUGGGGACACUGGAUGCUCUUGUUGGUCUGUCAGAUGAGUUGGGAAAACUUGAUAGCUUUGCUGAAAGUGUAAUAAAGAAAAUCGCCCAGUACAUAGGAGAAGUUAUGGAGGACUCAAAAGAUAAAGUCCAGGAAAAUCUUCUGGCCAAUGGAGUUGACCUAAUUAGCUACUUGACACGGUUUGAGUGGGACAUGGCCAAAUAUCCCAUAAAGCAGCCGCUGAAGAAUAUAUCAGAAGCAUUAGCAAAGCAAGUGACUCAAAUAGAAACAGACCUAAAGGCCCGAUCAGCUGCGUACAACAACAUUAAAGGAAAUUUGCAAAGCCUGGAGAAGAAAACCAUGUCAAGCUACAUACAGUGGCAGAAGACCUAUGAAUCACUCUCGGAUAUGGUAGUGCCUCGCUCCACCAAAAUGAUUGCUGAGGAUGCAGAGGGAGGACUCUUCACUGUGACCCUAUUUAGAAAAGUGAUGGAUGACUUCAAGGCUAAAGCCAGGGAGAACAGGUUCAUGGUUCGAGAAUUUUAUUAUGAUGAGAAGGAACUGAAAUGUGAAAAGGAAGAGCUGAUGAAAUUAGCUUCUGACAAAAAACAACAAUACGGCCCCUUACUGCGCUGGCUGAAGGUGAACUUCAGUGAAGCAUUUGUGGCUUGGAUUCACGUGAAAGCCUUGAGAGUUUUUGUUGAAUCUGUCCUGAGGUAUGGCCUCCCUGUGAAUUUCCAAGCAAUGCUGCUGCAGCCAAAUAGGAAGUCUGUAAAGCGCCUGAGAGACGUCCUGAACGUGGUCUUCAAACACCUGGAUGAAGUUGCAGCAGCAAGUAUAAUGGAUCCUGGCAUGGACAUCCCUGGGCUACAACUGAGUAAUCAAGAAUACUAUCCUUACGUCUAUUUCAAGAUUGACCUCAGUCUUCUUGACUGCAGUUAAAGAAGAAUUGCUCAAGCUUCAUCUAUUACUUUUCAAGCCUCUCAUGUUACUGUAAAACAAUCUUUAGCUGCUGAAAGUCAAAUUAUAAUGCAGAUGCUGUAGCAGGAUAAUCUUCCUACCACUUCUAGUAAUUUUUACAGUGACUACAAUAUAAGCAUCUCUUAUUCAUAGCUUUACAAAAAUAUAUUUCAGAGGCAGAAGUACUAUGGUAGUAUUUAUUUUUUUUUGGUAAAGUACAAAGAUGGAAUAUCUAUUGGACUUGAAAUAAAACAAUUUAAAGUGUGGUGGCUAAUGGAUCUACUAGGUGUAUACAGUCCUCUUUUUCUAACAAAGCAAACUUAAAAAAAUCCAAACAGAAAAAGUAGAAAGCAUCAGAGCAAAGCCCAAAGUUCCUUUAA